AUGUCGUCACCUCCAUCAUACCAGAACCCAACUACUUCUCUCAAGCGCCCCUCCAUCUCAUCCACCACCUCACAGCCGAUCGGCAAAAAGCAGCGCAUGCAGCACCCCCUUCGACAGACGUCCUUCCCAGCAAACCUUGCCCCGACAGAGCGCAGUUUCGCUGGCACAAGUGAUGCUGGUAGUGUCACGGGCAGUUUCACUGGAAGCCUGGGAGGGACCAGCGCGGAUGGGGUCUUUUCCUCGGCGCGUGGGAAGAAGCGCGGACGGAAGACUAAGGCUGAUAAGGACCGCGAUCGGGAUGAUGCGAUGAGUACACGAACUGGUGAUGCGGGUCGAUUUGGCUCUGCGGACGCCGAGGGCUCAGUACGGGGAGGGAUGGGCGGUGGGCGUCCAGCUGAUGAUGGCGAUGACUAUGAUGACGAUGAUGACGAGGGGGAGCUUUUGGGUCGGGAGGAGGGGGCUGUUGACACAGAGGCAGAGAAGAAGAAUCUUGCGAUCUUGGUGGAUGCAUUUAAUCCCAUUCAAUCUGAGCGGUACGAUCUGUUCAAGCGUGCGAAGCUACGCAAAGAAUCCCUCCGUCGAAUUGUCAACCACGCACUCUCCCAGUCUGUCCCGGCAAGUGUGGUCACAUCAGUCAAUGGUUUUACCAAGGUUUUUGCUGGUGAGAUGAUUGAAAAGGCGCGAACUGUUCAGGCCGAAUGGGCCAUUGCACACGAUCAAGCGACUCGCGCGAAGUUCGAUGCCGAAGAAGCCGCUGCGGAGGAAGCUUGGCAAGCCAAAAUCCAGGCCCAAGCAACGACCAAAACGGGAACACCCACCCAAUCGGGUAUCGCCUCCCUAGGCAAUGGCAUUAAGAAAGAAUCUCCCGACCCAUCGCAAACACAUCCUUCAACGUCCUCCUCAAAAACAGCGCCUAGCCCUGCUCCUUCGCGCCCGCGACGUGAAUUCCGCCCGCCGCCCAACCCACACCGAGGCCAGCUUCUACCCUCACACUUGCGUGAAGCACAGAGGCGAUCGAAGCGUGACGGUGAAGGUGGCGGUGUCGGUUUCUCGGGUAUGAGUAUGGAUAACCUCGGUGUCAAGGGAGCAUUUACAUGGAGUUCUGGUAGCGGUUUACGAGGUAUCGCCUCCUUCCUCGUAGUCCUAACUCACCUCGCCCGCGCAUGGGACUAUGACCUUUUCUCUCCAAGCGACACCGAAGAUGCAGACCCCCGAAUCCUUCAGUGGCCCAUCUUGCGCAUCCCUUGGCAAGGCCGGGUAGGCGUCACAAUAUUCGCCUUCCUAACAGGCUAUGUCUGUGCCCUGAAGCCAUUGAAACAAUCUCGCAGCGGAGAUACAGGCGGCGCGUUGACUACAGUCGGGAAAAGCGCAUUUAGACGACCCCCGCGUCUGAUACUGCCGGCUUCCAUUGCGCUGGUGAUCUCGUGGGUGGUCGCGCAGUUUGGCGGGUUCGUUGUUGCCAAUCGGUCGGAUUGCUGGUGGUGUCGAUAUGCGUCGCCAGAGUUAGAGGAUUCAUUCUGGAAGGAAGUUGUGAGGCUUCUUGGGAACUUCCUGUCGACGUGGACGACGGGGUAUAUGGCUUAUGACGAUCACCAAUGGGCACUUUUGCCGCUGCUGGCGUCCUCUAUGCUGGUUUAUAUCUUGAUUGUUGGAACGGUGUUCAUGCGGUUCCGAUUCCGUAUGUUGGUUUAUAUUGCGAUGAUCUUGUACUUCCAUCAAGAUGCGGCGAAAAAUACCGAAACCUUUCAAAUGCAAGCCGUCUACGGUAUGCUUCUCAGCGACCUCUCUUAUAACACAGCCCUUAAAAACUGGGUACAAACACACCGCUACCUUCGCAAAGCUAUUACCUUGCCCCUUGCAAUUCUGGGACUCUUGAUAGCCUCAUACCCAGGCGACCACCCAGAAUGGGCAACUUGGUCCAAGACUAUGUUCAACGCAGCAACAUACAUUUUCCCACCAAAUGUAGAUAUUGGUAAGCGCUACACAGCCCUUGGCGUCGACAUGAUUAUCUUGGCAAUCUAUCUAUCCCCGACUACAAAGGAGUUCCUUGCAAACCGCCUGCUGCUCUGGCUGGGCAAGCAAAGUUUCGCUGUAUAUCUCAUUCAUGGCACGAUGCUGCGCGUUGUGCUUUGUUGGAUGUUGUAUGGUAUUACUGGUCAGCCUUGGGAGGGCCCCGAGGCGGCCACGGAUGAUAUCCGAGAUAACUGGUUGCCCUUGAGAUCGCCUUGGGUGGUUGGUAUGAGCAUUCCUGUUUGGAUUGCGAUUGUUUAUGCUUGUGCGGCUGCUUGGACGGCGUAUGUGGAUACCUUCUGUGCAAGGAUGACAGCCAAGCUGGAAAAGGCUGUGUUUGUGGGCUCCGAGAACGAAAAGGAGGGUUUGCCUUUGCCUGCCACGUCAAUUCCUAUGCAGACUGUAUGA